CAAUAAUUCACUAUAUACACUCACAUACGCCUUCCCUCCACAUGCAAGAUCAAACAAACACCUACCUUCACUCUUUACCUUCCUCGACUUUUCUCACUGCAACAAGAACAAAUAUGGCUUCUUCCCUGCUCACACCCGCAGUCGCAGUCACUUUGGUGCUUCUUAGCCUUCUGCUUGGAUCUGCAGAGCAAGUGAGCGGACUGCGUCACAUGCCCAAGUCCCAUAAGACCACUGAUGUCAAACACCCUGACUUUCUUGUCACAAUUGAGCCCAAACCAACGGUUCUCAUCCCUGGUGUUGGAAGGUUCUUACUUCCUCCCAAAUGUAAGAAGCCAUUCUACCCUUACAAUCCUGUCACCGGAGCUCCUCUCACCGGUGGGUCUAUCCCAUCAUAUGGUGGUGGACAAGGGGCCGGAACUCGCACCCAACUCCCUGGUGGCGAUGAUACGCUUGUCCCAAACCCAGGAUAUGAAGCUCCAACCCCGACCAUUGGAGCUGGCACUGGAACCAACGGCCAAGUUCCACCAGUGCCACUACCCUGAGUUUAUUAUAUAAAAAAAAAAACUAUCAACAAAUAAGCAUUUCUUAGAUGCAUAAGAGUCUUCUAUUUUGCUGUCUUAAUUCUUGGAUUCAUAUGUAAUGUAGCCUUCUGGUUUAUUAGCCGUUACGUUUUGAACUAUAUGUUUUGCCAUCUCUCUAUAUCUGCUACAAAAAAGAGAGGAGCUUGUGUCAUGUUCUUCAGUUUAUGUCUUCAGAAGAAAUCUAGAGCAUUUGUUUACAUACCAUUAUAAU